CGAUUAUGUUGAUAUUAGGGCCUUUGAGAUCUCGUACGAGAGAUUCUUUCUCUCGCCCAUUCAGGAAGAAGGGUACAAUUGCUCUUGCUACUUACCUCAGAACUUAUCACAUCGGCGAUUAUGUUGAUAUUAGGGUUAACGGCGCCGUUCACAAAGGUAUGCCUCACAAGUUCUACCACGGUCGUACCGGUCGUGUCUGGAAUGUCACCAAACGUGCCAUUGGUGUAGAGGUCAACAAGCAGUAUUUCACUCUGUAGACAUAGAGUACUACAUGCCAGUAUUGGACUGAAGAGUGAUUCGAUUCUGGAAAUGAUGAGAAGAACAGUAUUCUCCCUCUUUGGCAGUUCUCGGUCGUUCUCAACAAACUCUAAAGUGAACAUCUUCGAUCGGCAACUGAAACGCAAUCAGCGUGACCGUGCCACAUGGUUAAUGCCCCAAAAUGACCCUUUACUUCACACCGUUGCUGAUAAUCUAUUAGAUCGCUUACAGGAUGUUAAGAAGACUUUUCCCUCUGCUUUAUGUUUGGGAGGCUCAUUACAAGCCAUCACUCGCUCUCUUCGCACCCGAGAUGCCAUACAAAAGCUUAUUGUCAUGGAUGCAUCCUAUGAUAUGGUACAGCGUUGUCAAAAUGAUUACCAUGCAUCUAACAACCCCGAUAACACCGAGACAAUGUUUGUAGUUGGUGACGAAGAAUUCUUGCCUAUCAAAGAAAACUCUGUGGAUUUGGUUAUUAGUUGCUUGGGGCUACACUGGACAAAUGAUCUGCCAGGAGCAAUGAUACAAUCUAUGUUGGCAUUGAAGCCUGAUGGCCUAUUUUUAGCAGCUAUUCUCGGAGGAGAAACGUUAAAGGAACUCAGAAUAGCUUGUACUGUAGCACAAAUGGAACGUGAAGGAGGGAUCAGUCCUCGAAUUUCACCUUUAGCACAGGUUCGAGAUGCUGGGAAUCUUUUGACUAGGGCAGGAUUCAACCUUCCAGGUGUGGAUGUUGACGAGUAUACAGUUAAAUAUGAAAGUGCCCUCGAGCUUAUAGAACAUCUUCGUGCAAUGGGUGAAACAAAUGCACUUUCCCAAAUGAACACGAUGCUGAAGAGGGACACAGCCUUAGCAACAGCAGCUAUUUAUGAUUCAAUGUUUGCUUCAGAAGAUGGCACUGUACCUGCAACCUUCCAGGUUAUAUACAUGACGGGGUGGAAGGAACAUUCUUCUCAACAGAAACCAAAACGAAGAGGAUCUGCUACUGUUUCUUUCAAGGAUAUUCAGACUCAGUUUGGCAACCAGAGUUAACUUUUUUUUUUCCUUUCAUUUUAUUCUCACCUGUGGCAUUUAAGUUUUAAUUUAUGUAUCAAGGCCAUUAACAUCAAAAGCAUAUGACUUUUCACUUUGAGCCAUUCAACACUAGGUUUCUGAGGUUCGAAAUCAUAAUGUACUACUAAUGAUAAACGAUACGACCAUUAUUGACGGGUUGGGAGGAACAUUUGUCUCAAUUAAAAGCGAAACGAAGAGGACCAGUUACUGUUUCAUUCAAGGAUAUUCAAAUGCAAUUUGGAAACCAAAGUUGAUUUCUUCCUUUCACUUAAUUCUCAUUAGUGCUAUGUUUAAUUUAUGUAUCAAGAUCAUUAAAUCCAUGAGUACUCUUCAUUAGGAUUGGUUAAAUAGCUCAAGUAGCUGAGUUGGGACAUCUGAACUGAAUGAAUUUGAGAAGGAGGUCUAUGGUUCAAAUCUUGUUAGAAUA